AUUAGGACUUCUAACUCCUCCUUUUCUCCCUCUACAGAGACAUACACAAAAACCAUAUAUAUAUUUCUUCCAAGCAUCUGAAACAUAUAUCAUUCACCAAUACCUGUUUAAUUGUUUGAAAAUGAGAUGCAAGCCAGCAGUAGACAAACCAAAGCAAAAGCACAAGAAGGGACUGUGGUCUCCAGAUGAAGACCAGAAGCUCAAAGACUACAUUAUUAAGUAUGGUCAUGUCUGUUGGAGCUCCGUCCCCAUUAAUGCUGGCUUAAAAAGGAACGGAAAGAGUUGCAGAUUGAGGUGGAUUAAUUAUUUAAGGCCAGGCCUAAAACGAGGGGCAUUUAGCACAGAAGAGGAGGAAACUAUCCUGACCCUUCAUGGCAUGAUAGGCAACAAGUGGUCUCGGAUAGCACAACAUUUGCCUGGACGGACUGAUAAUGAGAUUAAGAACCAUUGGCAUUCUUAUCUAAAGAAGAGAGUGGACAAAAUAGCAGAAAGUGAAGGCCAGAGCCAAAAUAUAGAUGGAGUAUCUUCUUCUUCACUGAAGUUGGCUUCACGAAACUCUAGUUUGGACUCAUUUGCACAAACAGUAGGAUCAUUGGCAGAUACAGAUCAAGAUGUUUCACCGGUGGAUUUCUUAAAUGAACCUCGUAAAAGCAAGUUUCGUAAAGUAUUAUUCGCCGAGUGGUUUUCGUUAGAUCAAUUUAAUGGCCAGGAUUUCCAGAAUUCAGAUCUUUCCAAGAAUAACUUUUGCUACAAUAGUUCAGAGUUCCAAGAUGCUUUCGUGAUGAGUAAAGGUGCCUAUGAAAAUGACAUAAAUAUUCAAGGGAUUAACAAUGAAACAGUAGAUAAUGAUAUGUUUCAAGCACAACUCAAGUUUGAGGAUCAGUUGUCUACAAAUGGAUUUGAAGAAUUGUUAUCUGGUGAUUUCAACAUAAACGGUGAUGUCAUGUACAUAUUAUGAGUUCCUUUAGAGAGUAAUUUCUUUGUAAAUAGUUUUAAAAUUAAUAAACCAGGACCAUCAGUGCUUUAAGGUCCUGUUUUCUUUAUAGCGAUAACAGCCCGAGUUAAUCACCAAUUUACCCUUAUUUGUUAGCAUAAAAUGAUACUAAAUCCUUUAA